GAUAAAGCUAUCGAUGAGAGCGCUAUAUUCGUCACCUCUCCUUAUGUCAUAUCCUAUAAAAACACUUUUUAUGACUACAAACCCGACGUCGAAACUUAUAUCACCGCACAAAUUAACGAUAUUUUUGGUGAAAGUGUUGCCGAAUUACCGGUGAAAGUGAUACUGAAGGACGAAUCGGGAAAUUUCAUCCUAAAUAAGACGCAAACGAGCAAACCUUCGAUGCAAUUAGUGAGCGACCAUUUGGGACGGAUUUCAUUCCCCAUCACUGUUGGCAAGAAUGUGAAGGAACUGCACGUUAGCAUCAGAACCGAAGACCCGAAACUUGAUCGCGAAGACCAGAUAGAAGUGGCACACGUUCUCUGGGCUGAUGUCUCCGCCAGUGGUUUUGUCUAUAUAUCGAGCAAAUCUAAGUACAGCUCAUCCCUAGCAGUAGGCGACACAUAUCGUAGCCCUUUAGUGACGAGAGGCUCUGUAGUCUCCGAUAAGAUAUACUUAAUUGUCGUAAAUCGCGGACAUAUUAUUCAUUCGGAAAGAAUUUCUGCCGAUAAAGGCAUCAAAUUUGAGAUAACACGAGAAAUGACUCCUUUUAUAAGAGUUAUGAUUUUAGCGGUCACUAGAGAUUCACAACUCGUUUCGGAUUCAAUUAAAAUCGAAGUAAAUGAAGACAAUUGUGGUUUAGAUAUGAGUGUAGAGAACGAUACGAAACAAGUAAAUCCGGGCAAAACAUUGAAUUUGAUUCUUAACGGUACCAAAGGAGACAGCGUUGCUCUCCUGGCUGUCGAUGAAGCCGUUUAUAUCCUCAGAGACUCAGAUAGACUCACAAAAAACAAAUUAACUAAAGAGUUGGUUAAAUCUGAUAUGGGUUGCGGUCCGGGAACUGGUCUCGAUGUCUUUCUUGUGGCCAAUAAUGUCGGCCUUAAGAUAAUUAGAGGCACUUGGCCUACAAAUAACCACAGGGACUGUAAUUACAAGGCGACUAUAUUGAAGACAUAUCUGCCCAACGAUGCCAACUGUCACCAGGCAUUUCUCCACUGCUGCCGAAUGACCGUAAAACCUCGAAUACAGGCCGUCUCAACUUCGGGUGUGUUCGCAGAGUUUCCGGGAAAGUAUGACCGAACGAGAAGUGGUUCGGAAAUUGAUGAAUACGUUCACAUCGCUUACGAACAGGACUUGGAAGACAAGACAUUUGUGCGAAAGGACUUCCGCGAGUCGUGGCUUUUCGAUGUCGUUCUUCUAAACCAAAGCUCAAACGUAUUGCCCGUCACUUUUCCCCAUUCAAUCACAACAUGGGCUUUGAGUGCGAUGUCAUUGUCGCCCACUAAUGGCUUCUGUAUUUUGCCAUCACCUCUACGUUUGCGUACAUUUCAAGACAUUUUCAUUCAGAUAUCGCUCCCAUAUUCUGUGGUACAGAGCGAGCAAAUGGAAAUCGUUGUCACUGUCUUUAAUUACGGAAUCAAUCGAUACCCGGUUUUAGUCUACACUUAUGGUGUGGAAGGUAUCUGUUCUGAGGCCGAAAUGGUCGGCGAGAAGACAAAAAAGCACAUCACUGUUGAUAAGAAUUCGUUCGCAACGGUAACCUUUCCAAUGGUUCCGUUAAGAAAGGGAAUAUUUGAUGUGAAAAUCGUCGCCCUUUGGUCUAAUGGCGGAGAUGUGGUCGUGAAGAAGUUGAAUGUCGUGGCGCCCGGUAUUACCGUUGAGGAGGACCUGACCUUUCAAUUGGAUCCGAAGAAUAGACAGCGAAGAACUAAGAGGUCGUUGAAAACCGGCAAAAUAGAGGACGACAUCUCUCCCGAUGACGGCCUUCAGAAGACUGUAGUGAAUGUAGAGCCAGAUCUGACCCGUAAUAUAGUUCCGGGAACUCGAGAGUGUAUUAUCGCCGGCAUUGGCAACGAAUACGGCGCGACAUCCUAUACAACGCUCAGUGAUAUCGAUCGACUCAUUAGACAACCCAAAGGAUGCGGUGAACAGAAUAUGCUAUAUAUGGCGCCCACUCUCUAUACACUGAAUUACUUGAAAUCAAUCGAUCAUUUGAACGGAGAUCUCAAAUACAGAGGACUUAAGUAUAUUAGAAAUGGUUAUAAAAGACAGCUUUCGUUUCGCAAAGACGACGGCUCUUUCGGCGCAUUCGUCUCUCGUCCGGCAUCUAUUUGGUUGACUGCAUUCGUGAUGAAAGUGUUUUGUCAGUCGAGCCCUUUCCUCAAAGAGGAUAAAUUUGAUCACAAAGUGAUUGAAAGUGGUCUCAAUUGGUUAAUAACGAGACAAAAAUCGGACGGUUCUUGGAUUGAGACACACGCUGUGGUACACGAGGACGCGUUGGGAGGCGUGAAGGGUAUCGUUCCGCUCACAGCAUUCACUUUGAUUUCUUUCCACGAAUGCCGACGAGUAUUGAAACGCGAUUAUAAAGAAAAUAAGAGUUUAGUCGACUCUAUGAACAAAACUAUUUAUAAGUCGGAAAACUAUUUGAAGUUAAAUCAAAACGAAAUCAUUAGACAGAAGAAUACAUAUGCGAUGGCUUUAGUGGCGUAUAGUCUGACGUUUACAAACCCGCAGAACUCGCUGAAACUGGUGGACGCACUUCACUCGACCGCAAACAUCGAUAACAAUCGGAACUAUAAGUAUUGGCGACACGACUAUGAGGUGGAGGCGACGUCCUAUGCAUUGAUGGCAAUGUUGAACUCAGGCAACAGGAAUUCAGUGGACGGCCUCUCGAUCUCCAAUUACCUAAACUCUGUGCGCUCUUAUACGGGCUCUUUCUCCUCAACUCAGGACACAAUCGUUGCGUUGGAAGCGCUCUCGCAAUACAUCGAACGCCAGAGAUCGCCGACGAAUGCCAUUUCACUCGUCUGUAACAUAACUUCUCACGAAUCGGCCAAUCGUUUUAAGAGAGCGCUCGCAUUCAAUGCCGACAACGCACUCGUCUUACAAACGUUUAAAUUGGAUUCCGAUUCCUCUAAAUUGAAAUUUAUGACAAGCGGUGAAGGAAUGGGACAAAUGUUUGUCAAAUUGAAGUACAAUGUCUUCGAACCGCCGGAAGUUCUUUGUCGGUUCGAUCUGAACAUCGAUGUGAAGGAAUGGAAAGCGCCGGAAAGGAUAGGCAGAGAUAUGCCAGAAGAUAUUGACGACAACUUCUUCGACGAUUUUGGUAAUGAUUUGGUCCAGAGAUUAGAUCUGAAGCACACGCGAACAAAGAGGUCGUUUUGGAGGAACCCGUUUCGUCCAAAGCCUUCGUCUCAAAUGGAUUCAGUUUCGGACACCUCUUCGUCUAAUUCACGGCACCGAACAAUCACUGAACCCGUCGACCAAAACUCUGAGAAGAUUGAACUCAAUUCAGAUAUAAUGGACGACAAAAGCUUUAAGAAGAAUAAUCUGAGCAGUAAUUCUAUCGGCAGUAAUGACGGCAAAAGUAAAUUAGUUUUAUUGAUCGAGACCUGCAUUCGACACAUUCCGCGAUACUAUUCCGAUAUGAGUCUCAUUGAAGUCGGAAUACUUAGCGGUUAUAAACCAAAUAAAGACGAUUUGGAAGAGAUUAUCAAAAUGGAGGACUCAUUGGUCUCUAAAUACGAGAUAUCCGAACGAAAUGUUGUCUUUUAUUUUGAAAAAGUGCCGUUCGGUCGACCCUAUUGUCUACAGUUCCGCAAAAUACAAGAGCAUAAUGUGGGCAAUGUUCAGGCGGCUAUGGUUAAGGUCUAUGAUUACUAUCACAAAGAUCACGGCUGUUCCCAACUGUACACUCCCUCACGAAUCAGUGAAUACAUUGAAACGAAAUGCAAUUCUCAAGUGUGUGAAUGUGCCAAACGAGAGAACUGUCCGACAGCCAAGUCUUUGGUAGAAAUCGGCAAAAUUGCCGAAAAACGAGUGGUCAGAGCGCGAGAGCUCUUCCAAGAGUUGGUCUGUUCUGAUAAAUUCAAUUAUGUCUUUACCGGCACUUUUGAGGGACAAAAUGUCACUCAGAAUCGGUUUAAGUUCCUGAAGCUUAGAGUGCACUCCGUUUUGAAAGGCAAAUUGCAACGAAACGAUAAGUUUGGGUUAAGUCUGAAUCCCGACUGCUAUAACAUGACAACGUCUGGCGGCAAAGAAGCGAUAAUAUUUGGUCACUUUAACGAUAAAGUCGGUCAUUUGAACAGUACGUCAAUUGUAUACGACAUCAGCAGUGGUCUGAAAGGAGACGAAACUCAGUCAUAUAUUGUGGCCAUAAUUGAUCACUUGGAAGGUAUGAUCAGAAGAAUCAAUUGGAAGUGUAGUGAAGGCGCACAAACUUAGACAACACACUAACCAUUCAUCCCAUCAUUUGAUCACACGAUUGGUUUACAAAUUAAUUAUUACAAUAUUUUUCUCAUUUACCUCUUAAUCGACAUUUAGAAAGAGAUUUUGGAGUUUUUUAGUGAAUACGAGACGAGCUUUGAAUUAAGUAAUGACUGGAUUUUAAUUAAUUCUACAAAUAUAUAAAUGUUUUAAUAUUUUGACAAC